UGAACUUUCUAAUUAUUGACUAUACCUAUUACAUGCUUAUUAGGAUGUAUACCCAGUUUAAUAAGCGUGUGUUUUUGUGUGCAACAGAAAAAAAUUUCAAACUAUUGUUCUUUUAAAAAGAAAAAAAAUUGAAUCAGAUUAAUAUUAAGUCUGCUGGGGGGAAGAUUUGGCCCAUAGGCUAUCUGUGACAGUGUCAAGGCCAGAACAAGUCAUGUCCACUUUAAACAUUAUUCAAUACCAUUUUAGGUUGUAGUUAAUCUUCCAGCCAGCAGGUGGCGACAUUCAGGUUUAAAGUUUCAGUAAAAAGAGAGAGAGAGAUCAAAAUGGCGAUCCCCGGACCAGGGAGGUCCGUGGGUGUACUGUCAUCUGUGACUCUGCAGCUGCUGCUCAACCUCACGAGUGUUUACUUCAUCUUCUAUUUCCUGUUGACUCUCGGGCUAAUUAUCAAAAAGAGCCUGGUGCUGUCGUAUCCUGCUGACGCUCUGGUCUGUGAUGUUGCUCUACUGUUCCUCUUGGCUGCUCUGGAGUUUCUCCAUUUGUACUGUGGUAUGAAGGGCAAUCUGACAGAGAGCGAAGGUUAUAUUGUGGGUCACCUCAUCGUGACGUCAACAACUGUUUUGUUGACGGUAUACUUCCUGGUGUGGCAGACCUACAUAAUGCGGGCGGACGUAAUCAUCAGCAGUGUUUUACUUGCUGUCUAUGGCUUAGAUGGAGUACUAGCUUUCAGCACCUUGGCCCGAUUUGCCAGUGUUUAUUCAUGAAGAAGUGUCAUCUUCAUUGUUUUCUAUGGUGCGGUCAAACUCACAGCUGGUCUUCACUUUGCUGCAACUAUACAAGCAGAAAAAAAGGAGGUAUCACUGUCAUCUGGUGUCUUUUAUUGUUUAUUAUAUAAAAAAUUUUGAU